CUGGGCCGCGCAGCGUGUGACGCCGCGGCGGCCGCGGAGCUGGGAUUAAUGGGAAAAGUUUUGGCAGGAGCCGGAGGGUGCUGCGGAGCCUGCGGGACGGCGGAGGUGGCGCGGGAGGUGGCCAGGACAGUGUUGCGUGGUGUUUUGGGCAUGCACGUGGUACUCACGCAGUGGCUUCUGCUCACCAACAGAUGAGGACAGAUGCACCAAAGAGGUCAUUUCUGGAUGACCCAGCUCUCCUCCGCCUUGAACCUUCCCUGAGGCCUCCAGCAGAGCCCAUUUCCUCCUCCUCAGCGUUCAGCCACCCUCCUCCCCUUCUCCCAUUUGUGUACAGCCUUCCCUGUGGUAGUUGCAGGUACUGGUCUUAUCUUCCUCCCUUUCUGGAGUGUAAACAAUUUAAAGGCUGAUGGGAACUGCCCUGUAGAGGUCCAUCUGCGUUCAGACCUAGAUGAUGCCAGAGCUAUGACCGGGCCUGCAGGCGUGGCGCCGAGGGGAAAUCAGCCAUGGAGCAGCCACCGGAGGAAGCCCCUGAGGUCCGGGAAGAAGAGGAGAAAGAGGAAGUGGCAGAAGCAGAAAGAGCCCCAGAGCUCAAUGGGGGACCAGAGCACUCAUUUCCUUCUAGCAGCUAUGCAGACCUCUCCCGGAGCUCCUCGCCACCCUCACUGCUGGACCAGCUGCAAAUGGGCUGUGACGGGGCGUCAUGUGGCAGCCUCAACAUGGAGUGCCGCGUGUGCGGGGACAAGGCAUCAGGCUUCCACUACGGUGUUCACGCGUGCGAGGGGUGCAAGGGCUUCUUCCGUCGGACGAUCCGCAUGAAGCUAGAGUAUGAGAAGUGCGAGCGGAGCUGCAAGAUCCAGAAGAAGAACCGCAACAAGUGCCAGUACUGCCGCUUCCAGAAAUGCCUGGCGCUGGGCAUGUCGCAUAAUGCCAUCCGCUUUGGCCGGAUGCCAGAGGCUGAGAAGAGGAAGCUGGUGGCGGGGCUGACAGCAAGUGAGGGGAGUCAGCACAACCCCCAGGUGGCUGACCUGAAGGCCUUCUCCAAGCACAUCUACAAUGCCUACCUGAAAAACUUCAAUAUGACCAAAAAGAAGGCCCGCGGCAUCCUCACCGGCAAGGCCAGCCACUCAGCGCCCUUUGUGAUCCACGACAUCGAGACAUUGUGGCAGGCAGAGAAAGGCCUGGUGUGGAAGCAGCUGGUGAAUGGCCUGCCACCCUACAAGGAGAUCAGCGUGCAUGUCUUCUACCGCUGCCAGUGCACCACAGUAGAGACUGUGCGUGAGCUCACCGAGUUCGCCAAGAGCAUCCCCAGCUUCAGCAACCUCUUCCUCAACGACCAGGUGACCCUUCUCAAGUAUGGUGUGCAUGAGGCCAUCUUCGCCAUGCUGGCUUCCAUCAUCAACAAGGAUGGGCUGCUGGUGGCCAAUGGCACUGGUUUUGUCACCCGUGAGUUCCUGCGCAGCCUCCGAAAGCCCUUCAGUGACAUCAUUGAGCCCAAGUUCGAGUUUGCUGUCAAGUUCAACGCCCUGGAACUUGAUGACAGUGACCUGGCCCUCUUCAUUGCGGCCAUCAUUCUGUGCGGAGACCGGCCAGGCCUCAUGAACGUGCCACAGGUGGAGGCCAUCCAGGACACCAUCCUGCGUGCCCUUGAGUUCCACCUGCAGGCCAACCACCCCGACGCCCAGUACCUCUUCCCCAAGCUGCUGCAGAAGAUGGCUGACCUGCGGCAGCUGGUCACCGAGCACGCUCAGAUGAUGCAGCGGAUCAAGAAGACCGAGACGGAGACCUCACUGCAUCCCCUGCUCCAGGAGAUCUACAAGGACAUGUACUGAGGGAUGCGCCCAGGGCCUCCCAGCGGGCCUCCAGGAGACUGAGACUCAGGAGCAGGCGGACAGAGCUGGCACAGGCGCCACCCACGGGAUUUUCCUUUGACCAGCCCCUGAGCACUCCGCAUGGCCCCCAAGCAGUGGGAUCACACACACCCGUGCGCUCAGACACACGGCCUCUCGCUCCCUGUGUUCCCUUCCUUUGUCUCCCUCUUUCUUAGUUCCUCUUUCUUCUCUAAUCUCUUUGCUCUUUCUCUUCCUUUCUCUCUGUAGGUUUCUUUUCCCUCUGCCCUCCUCCCUUUCUCUCUCCAUCCCCAUAUCUGUCCCUCUUUCUCUUUCUGUGAGACAGUUUGUAUUAUUUCACCAGCAGCAUAGAACAGGACCUCUGCUUUUGCCCCCUGUCCCCCAGAGCAGGAGGAAGUGGGGCCUGCCCUCUGCACUAACAGUCACCUGCAAGGGUAGGGGCCUCACCUCUGCCCCUGUCUUCAUAUCAAAAGACUCGAGCCAUCCAAAGAAACACUAAGCUCUCUGGGCCCGGCUUCCUGGGGAAGCCGAGCAGGGCCUGGGCUGACUGCAGCAGCAGCCCCUAGUCCCUGGGUCCCUGCCCCGAGGGCCAGGACGCCUUCCCUAGACUGUCAUGCCCUCUUGAGGCUGAGGCUGGCACCCCCGACCCAGCCGACGCCACUCCAGCAGCACACCCCAGCCCCACUGAUACCCAGCGCUCUUUCUGUUCUUUUCAUGGGUCUUCCAGGCCAGUGUUGCUGAUGGCCCCCUGCGCUGGCCGCUGGGGGACACCCCGCCGCCUGGAAGGAGGUGGGGUUCCCUCCAGGUGGCGGCCUCCAUGCCCCCAUUAAAGAUGAGUGAGUCUCAAGGGAGGCGGAGGUUGGUAGGGAAGGCAGCCAGCAGUACACCUAAUUCUGACCCCAGGCUUUGGGGUCAGCCCCCAUCAUACUCUCCUACCACUCUGCAGCAGCCACCAAGUCCUGCCUACAUUGUGUCAGCACCACAGCUCCCAUCUCUCCACUCAGUGCCAGGGCCUGGCCUCAAACGUGAUGCUCCUUUCUCCAGCCAGGCGGCGCUGGCACUGGCUCCAGCCCAGCUGACGCUCACACCCCACACACACGCCCAUGCACACUCCAUGUAGCUGCCUCUCCAGCACACACCACAGGCACUUUACCUGCAGGCCCCC